UUUUUUGCUCUUUUGGUUGGGGUAGGGGGGUUUUACAUUAUAUGCUUCUUAUCUUGACUUCCACUCUAUUCUUGUUUUCUAUUUACUACCAUGAUCACACUUUAUUAGUUACCAACAUGAGAUGUUAUCAGGGUUAUUGGACCAUCUGAAGGAUAUCUUCCACCUUCCUUAUUUCUGGUUUCUGGUCGUUAGAAUAGUUGUGCUCACUUAGUUGAUCCAAAAGGGUCCUUCGCUUGGUAUUCUUUCUUCAAGAUUCUCAAUGCUUCGGGAUGCACCAUUUGAAACAUGGCAUAUAUUUAUUGGGAAUUUUGGAUAACCCUAUUGGUGGCUUGUACCUAGAGCAUCAUCACAUGACACACUUGAAUCCUGGUUAUUGAAAGGCUUGAAAAGCAGUUGGCAAGCUACAAAUGUACAUACCCCUUGGAGGAAGGGUUAUGCUCAACAAAAUUGCUUUAGCAAGUUCUAUUUAUCACUUAUGGCUAUCAGGGGGCUAAAGUAGGAAAAUCCAUAGAGGUUUCUUAUGGGAAGGGACUUCCAUUUUAUGUAGUUAUGGAAUGGGAAUGGGCUAACACAUCUGAGUCUGCUAGUGGAAUUCCAUUUUAUGUAGGAAGAGGAUGGAUGGUAUCAGAAAGUUCAGAACAGUAGGAAGAUGGAGACCUCAGUUGGAUGUUGAAGCCAAGAGUUUCAGGUUCCAGCAGGGUUGGUCUGGAGGGAAGACAGUUCUGAAGAUCAGGGAAGGGAGUAGAGUGACAGUGCUCUUGCCGGAGGAGGUAACUUUAUGGGUGAAAGGAUUUGUCGAUGGUGUUCUGAACUCUGUUAGGGAGGAAGGUUGGAAGAACUCUAUUGUCCACUCUGGGAAGACUUGCAGUGGAACUGAGAAGAAACAGGAAAGGAUGGUAUAUCACUAUUACAGAACUCUUUGGCAACAAUAAAAGGCAAAUGGUGUGUGUGUGCCGGAAGGGAAGAAGGGGAAGGGAUGGGUGGCCUUUUCCGAUAAGCCUUACCUCUUCCUUACUACUGUUGAGAGGAGGGAGAACGAAGAAGGGGGGAUAAUCAACAAAGGCAAAGAAAAACAAAGCUAAGAGACUCAGAAGGAUUUCAGCGAGAAUGAAGCAGUUGAGAACACUGAGGAACAGAGCUUGCCUCGGCAGGGAAAUAUGUAUGCUUUGUUCGACAAAACAUUGCAGAUUGAUGGUUGAUGCUGGGCGUGGCAACUGCAGUUAGAGAGUGAUUCUGACGGCCGCGAAGGAUGUAAAGGAUUGUACCAAAAUAUUGGAUGCAGUUGCUCGGAAGGUGGGUGUUGAAGUGGAUGCAACUCUGUUGCCCUUUGCAGAGAGGAAAGCUGUUCUGGAUGUUGGAGAGGUGGAGUUAAGCUUCAACACAGUCUCAGUGGACGGUGGUUUGGUUCAGAUUCAGAGCUGGACUCCACUAUGCAACGAGAUUGAGCUCGGUGAAGGAAGUGUUCUAAUUAAACUCUUAGGGCUUCCUUUCUUGGAAGCAUCACACAGACAUUGGGAGGAGUUCUGUUGGAGUUUGACCUGCGAAGCUUGCGUGCACUUGAGCUUCGUGUUGCUAGAGCUAAGCCAGAGAGUUUGCCUCGCUCUCUUCAGGUAUGCGCAGAAGGGAUAUGGCAUUAUCAGGUGUGGCUGGCUUCAAGAGCUGAAGCGUUGUUGUGGGGAGGAGGAACGGAGGUAGAAGAUGAUGCUGACGGGGCAGGGUAGGACACGUGGCAGCGAGGGAAUGGUGGAACAUACUGACAUGCAAGGGGAAAUAAAGAAGGAAGCUGAAUAAUUGGCUGGGGAAGACCGAACGACAAAAUCUGUUUAAGGAAAUUAAUUCAAAGUGGUUUGAAUCUAGAUGUAAAGAAGGAGGCGGCCCUUCUUAUGCUGACGUGGCCAAGAAAAACUGUGGUUUGGGUGCUUUAGGCGAGGCCGAGCUACGCUGUCCGAACCCUUCGGGGACAGGGGUGGUUCACAGGUUCAGUAGUGGGUCGAGGCAGGAAAAAACCUGACCCACGUGAUAACUUAAGUGAUCAUGUGGACCGGGGCAAAACAGCCAAAACCAAGGAGUUUAUAGACGGGAACUUCCAUCCAUCUUCUUCCAUCUUGGGUCACCUCGAACAGAAAGGCCCGCGGCGGCAGGAACAAGGCAAAGAAAAAUUUCUCCCGUAGGUCCCUCUCCAGGUCAGAGGAAACUGUCCAACACCGCUCAUAUGAGAGGCUGAACACGCGAUAUACAAGGAUUAGAAUGGAAGAAAGGGAGGAAGAGGAUGAAGGGUGGGCCGACUGUAGUGUGGAUGAGGAGGAAAUGGACGACUUUGAGGACAGUUCAAACGUAGGAAUUGUGGGCAAUGAAGGCGUGGGCAAUGAAGACAUUCUGGAAAACAUGAAUUUAGGAAGGUGGUUUCAGCUGCAAGAGGAAGAAAAACAGCAGGCCGAUUUGGUGGACUGGAAUGUCAGAACAUGGGAAGAAAAUAAAACAGAGAAAGGCCAGGCAGAUGGGGGGGGGGGGAAUCUUCAAGCACAAAGGAGUAACUCAUUUCUAUUGUUUCAAGAUGUGCAAGGUCCUAUGAGGGGAAAGAAUCAGGACAACUUGAGGCAGAGCAGGAAUUCACUGAACAGGAAUAAGUAGUAGGAUAUAGAGAGGGAUCACAGUGUUGGCCGUGUGAUAGGAUUGGUUUCUCACCAACCUAAGGAAACGGAUAAAGAUCAGUCCUCUAAACAGGGAAGGGGAAAUGUUAACACCAGUCUUCAUUCUUCUCCAUUUUCUUGCCCAAGCCCAGGCAGGAACUUGUAUAUACUCCGGUUCAUGAAAUUAUAUUCUCAUCCAUAGACAAGCCAAAGCUUCUUAGCCAGUUCUCUGCUUUGCUUUCUGAUAUAGGGCUAAACAUCCGUGAAGCACAUGUUUUCUCAACAACUGAUGGCUACUCUUUGGAUGUGUUCGUGGUGGAUGGAUGGCCUGUUGAGGGAUCUUUGACAAGCCCAAAUGUUGCUGACUUUGCAAUGAUUUGGUCAGGACACAGAUGGUUUGCACGAGGAGAUGGAGAAAGCAAUUGCUAGAAGUGAGGGCUCGUGGUCUGGUUCAUCACCUUCCAAUUCAGUCAUAGAGAAGGCGUUAGCAAACCAACCAAAGUCUGGUGAAUGGGAGAUUGAUAAAAGAUUUUUGAAGCUAGGAGAAAAAAUCGCUUCUGGAUCUUGUGGAGAUUUAUAUCGUGGAGUUUACUCGGGUGAGGAUGUUGCUGUUAAAGUGCUUAGAUCUGGACAUCUAAAUGAAACUUUGGAGAUAGAGUUUGAUCAAGAAGUACGGAUCCUAAGGGAGGUUCAGCAUAGGAAUGUUGUUCGGUUUAUUGGAGCAUGCACAAAACGUCCAGAACUGUGCAUAGUGACAGAGUUUAUGCCAGGAGGGAGUCUAUAUGAUUUUCUACACAAGCAUCAUAAUGUCUUGGAACUCUCUCAAUUGUUGAAGUUUGCCGUUGAUGUCUGUAAAGGAAUGGAGUAUUUACACCAUAAAAACAUAAUCCAUAGGGACCUGAAGACAGCUAAUCUGCUUAUGGAUACUAACAAGGUUGUAAAGGUGGCAGAUUUUGGUGUUGCUCGGUUCCAAAACCAAGAGGGUGUAAUGACAGCAGAGACUGGGACUUACAGAUGGAUGGCUCCUGAGGUUAUAAACCAUCAACCAUAUGAUCAGAAAGCUGAUGUGUUCAGCUUUGCAAUAGUACUAUGGGAGUUGACAACAGGCAAGGUGCCUUAUGAUACCAUGACCCCCUUACAAGCUGCCCUAGGAGUGAGACAGGGUCUUCGACCAGCUCUUCCCGAGAAGACACAUCCAAAACUAUUAGACUUGAUGCAGAGGUGUUGGGAAGCAGUUCCCUCUAAGCGGCCUUCCUUCUCAGAAAUAGCUGUUGAACUGGAAGAAUUUGCCCAAGAGAUUCAGGAAAGUUCAAGCAGCAACCGAUGAGCAAGUUGGUUUGUAACAUUUCUAGCGGCAUGUCCCCCUUGAUUGAGGGAGAUUCAUUUCCCCAUUUUGUUAUCUUUUCUUUUCUUGCCAUUUUCUUCAAUAGGUUCAGUAAAUUAUAGAGGUUAAGGAAUCGGAGGAGGGAAAUAUGUGAAAGGUAUGUAUCAUGAAUCGGAUUGUAUUAGCUGUUAGUCUUGACUUGGUGGGUACUUCAUAGUUCAUAUACCCAGAGGUCCCCUGUAAAUUGCCUUGUGUAACGUGAUCCAUUUUCUUUUCCACAGAAAUGCAAAUGUAGAACUUUGUCAUUCAACACAUUAGAAAACACGUCUACCAUUUAGAGGGGCAUUGUUUGA